CGUCCGUCUUCCAGGUUUCUCUCCCUGUAUUGGCUUAUGACCCUGCCUGUCCAGUCCCUUGCUCGUACUCGUUGGCGACAGCACCCCAAGAGUCCCGCCUUUCUCCAGAGGAUUGGCGGAUGAGUGCACAUACAGCCCACCCUCGAUGGACUGUUGAAGUCUGGAAGUCCCUUCCCCUCCCCCCUCCCCCCUUUGCCGCUUUGUGGCAUCCCCCUCCCUCUACCCUUUCCCACUCUGAUAAUCUGGCCAUGACUAGCAGAAGCACAGCCAGGCCCAAUGGGCAGCCUCAAGCCAGCAAAAUAUGCCAAUUCAAAUUGGUCCUGCUGGGGGAAUCUGCGGUGGGAAAAUCUAGUCUGGUAUUACGAUUUGUCAAAGGGCAAUUCCACGAAUACCAGGAGAGUACCAUUGGAGCGGCCUUCCUCACCCAGUCUGUUUGUCUAGAUGAUACAACAGUCAAGUUUGAGAUCUGGGACACAGCUGGGCAAGAGCGAUACCACAGCUUAGCUCCCAUGUACUACAGGGGUGCCCAAGCUGCGAUUGUUGUUUAUGACAUUACUAAUCAGGAAACAUUUGCCCGAGCAAAGACAUGGGUAAAGGAACUACAGAGGCAGGCCAGUCCUAGCAUCGUUAUUGCCCUGGCGGGGAACAAAGCUGACCUGGCCAACAAGCGCAUGGUGGAGUAUGAAGAGGCCCAGGCAUAUGCAGAUGACAACAGCUUAUUGUUUAUGGAGACUUCAGCCAAGACGGCUAUGAACGUGAACGAUCUCUUCCUGGCAAUAGCUAAGAAGUUGCCAAAGAGUGAACCCCAGAAUCUGGGGGGUGCAGCAGGCCGAAGCCGGGGCGUGGAUCUUCAUGAGCAGUCCCAGCAGAACAAGAGCCAGUGUUGUAGCAACUGAGGGGGUGGCUAGCAGCAAAGAAGUAUGGAGCUAGCACGAGAGCUAAGAAAUAACCUCCAUCCCCACCCCUCAGCACACAGCCCCUACGGUAACAGCACACUGAGCCCUGGCUCCCAAGGGCUGCCUCCUGACAGCUCCGUCGUGGCACUUUUUAACGCUUCAGCAACCAACACCAGGCAGCUGUUGCCACUGGCCUCCUACCCCUCACUGUGGGGGUCAGAGGUCAAAUCCCCCAGGACUUACCUUCCAAAACAAACUUUCUUCACUUUGUAUUAUAGGUGCAAGACAGAGACCUACUUAUCUUUCCUUCUCCUCCCCAGUGUUCUUUCCCAUCUUUUCAGAAAACACUUUUGUCUCCUGCCCUUCCCCCUUUUGCUUUUGAGAAUCCCUGUUCUUAAUCCUGUUUUUCUCCUCUGCCCAAGAUGGAGAAGGUGGUUAACCCAGGAACUGAGGAAGAAGGUUUCUAUUUAAGUCACAUCAAGGGCCCUGGGGGAGAACAAGGCCCAGAACAGAAGGGAGUAAGGAAACACUUCCUUUUUGUUUCAGUUUGGUUGGAGUUUCAUAUUUGAACGCAGAGCAGUAUCCACGGGCUGGCCUUGUGGAGAUGGUCCUGGGGAGAGAUGAGAAUGGGAGAUAAACUCUUAGGUUUUGGGGGGAGUCAGGUUGUUAACUGGACAGAGGAGGAGGUGCAAGGUUGUCUCUGGCUCUGGGCUCUUCCAGGCCCAGGUUGCCCUCACCAAGUCUCCUGGGUAGCAUCUCUCUAACAAUGGGGAUCAAAACCCAGAGUCCUCCAAAGAAUCUUCACUGGUUGCCUGCAUCUUUGACUCUGCUGUCAUUUAAUUGGGGGGGAGGGGUGGCCACCAGUUCUGACACCCAUCCUCUGACUGAUACAUCAGCAUUUUCCCCUCCCUUUGGCCUUUGGAUGGCCUCAGCCCCAACGACCACAACCCCCUGCCGUUUGCACUUUAAUUGGUGGUAGUUCAGUGGAUACUUGUUUUGUGGGGGGAGUUACUGAUCACCUGUCCUUCUACCUUUUUGUUUUUAGUGAGGUUCAAUUUUAUUCAUCAUAAAAUACUUGCACCUCUUCUUCCAGGAGGGGCUCCUCAGGUUCUUAGGUAAGACAAGUAACUGAAUUGCCAUUAUAGACAUUGAGGGCCUGAGAAACCUUUGCAACUGUCUGAUAAAGCAAGUCCUGGGAGGCAUCGCGGAGAACUCCUUUCAGCUUGAAGGACCAGUCUGUCUGCUGGUUACUGACAAGUCUCCAAGGGUUGGUCUUUUUCAAGUGAAUAUCAAUGUUUUUGUCAUCUCCAUAUUUGAUCAUUUCACGAGUGGAGUCAUCAGUGGGGUUGACAUGGACAAGUGUAUGACACUGCUUGUUACCAGUCGUAGACCACUUCAUUUGAGUAGGUUUCAGCUCCCAAAUUAAAUUACAAGCUGCUUGUGGGCAAUGACUGUGCCUUUUAUCUCUCUGGAAUCCCCUUCCAUACAAUAUCCAGAACAGUGCCCCUUACAGAACAGGUACUCAAGAAAUGGCGUGUGGUGGUGGAUGGUCAUGGCUUGAAGUCAGAAGGUGGCUGAAUCUCCUUAUGUGGGUCUGUCUGCGGUCACACGCAAGGCAGUGACUGUAACUGAAGCAACACACACCUGGCACAUGACCUGAGUGUCCCAGGCCCAGUCACCGGGCUGUGUGGCUAUUUACAUGGUCCUACCUUUUUAAUUAAAUGGAAUCUGCAGAGUAUAUGUGGUUUUGGAAGGAGGUGUAGAGAACAGUACCAGUGGCAGCUACUCAAGCCCAGCCUCCACUGCUAGCUUCCUCCAACUCAUUAACAACCUGUCUUGCAAACCUAGCUCAGGAGUGUGUGUGUGUGUGUGUGUACAUACAUAUAUACGUACAUACUCUUGAAAACAUAUAUAUCUUUUCCCUGGAGAAUUAAUUAAGCAACUGGGGAAUGGUGUCAGGAUAGCAUAGAUCAAGGUAAGGGAGAAAAGAGGGGUCCGACAAAAGGGAGGAGUUUUCUGUCCUUUCCAAGGGUUCACAUUCAAUUUGAUUUCCAUUACCAUGUCUUUUCUACUUUUCUGUAAAUAGGUCUGAUCUUUAUUCCCACUGUAUAGUCUGUUCAAUCUCCUGCCUCUCAUCUGGCCCUGUUUUUCUCCUUUGUUUCUAUCUUGAGUUCAGUUCCUCUGUCCUUAUCCCCAGUCCCUCUUCCUAACAGGUGGUUUAAUUUGUGAGCCACUAGGGACUGAUACCACAGCAGCCUACUUGUGGUCCCUUCGUGUACCACCUGUUCCUGUGGACAGGGAAUGACUAGUACUGAAGGCACCUCACAGCUGUCUCACAUCAUCAGAGGACACUGGUCCUUUCUAAAUAUCCAGCCUCUCGUCAGGUGUUUUAGGACAUCGGGGGGAAGCCAUUACAGCAAGAAAAAACUCCCAAGUUCCUUCUUGUUCUAGCCCAGAGUUUUGGGAAAAUUAGGGGAAGAAAGAUAGGAAAAGCUGUUUUCACCUAGAAUUGGAAAUUUUCUGGCCCAUCUGGCUUGCAGACUGCCUUGUAUCCCAGAGCAGCUGAGAAAUCCAUGAAGCUGAGGCCUACAUUCUCUUCCUCUUCCGGGGGCAGCCUUAGUUCUCAUGGCCCUGAAACAUGUGUCCAUUUCUCCCUUCCUUUCCCAGGACCCACUAGCCUCUCAACGCACCCAGUACAUUCUUUUUACAUGUGGAAGAACUGGGAUGGCUCUCUUGAGUCUCUCAGAAAUGAAAUUCUUUGUGCAGCUUUCCCCAAGGAGCAAGAGUGAAGAUGUUUUAUUGCCUUGGGGCUGGGAGACCGUCUCCUUGGGCCGCUUCUCCCUACUCCGCCCCUUAGGAACAGUAUUGGCCUUAGCUUCUGGGCCUAUUUGCUGCCGUCCCUCUACUCCCACCAGCUCUUCUGCCUUCCUUUAAGCUCUGUUGAGCUUGGGGGUCUUAGUUUUUUAUUUCCCACCUCUUCAUUUUUUUUUCUUAUCAGUUUUUUAGAGGAGGAGGGUGUCUUCCCCUUCUUCUAAGAAAGCAUUUGCCUUUCUUUCCUUUUCUUCCUCUCCCAACAUAACAAUCGUGGUAACAGAAUGCGACUGCUGAUUUACCGAUGUAUUUAAUGUAAGUAAAAAAGGAAAAAAAAAGUG